CAGUCAUUUCUGAACUCUAUAGCACAAAAUGGUUUCAACAGAUUCACCCCCACCUACACACUCAAGCAUCUUACACCAAUUCAUAAACUCAGACUCCAUUACUAGUCAAAUUGGAAGUCAACAUUUUGACAUUUAUCAAUCUGGUUUAAGUGCUAAUACUACUACUUAUCAGCCUCCUGGUGUAUUAUCUAGAUCCAUAGAAUUUGUUAAUCCUACUCAUUUUACAACUGAUUCUGAUGUUAACAACAGUAGACAUUUAAUGGAUCUACUUGGAGCUUCACAUGAUGCUAAUCAACAAGCUCAAAGACUCUCACUUUCUUUAAGUUCUCAUUCACUUGUUUCUUCAUUGAACUGUAGAGAAAGAGCCUUAAGUUCAAGUUUUACUAAUCCUAGUUAUAUAAGUCAAGAAAUUGAUCACAGGAACAAUGAGUUUUCUUUCUCUGCAGCUGCAAUGAACCAAUCAUUUUCCAAUGUUUGUGGAACUGAAUCCUUUGUUUCUGCCAUUGGAAACUCUAAAUAUUUGAAACCAGCUCAAUCCCUCUUGGAAGAAUUGGUUUGUGCUGGUGGCAAGACUACUGAUUUGAGUAAUGAGAAAUUUAUCAGGAGAUUAUCGCGCAAUAGCAAGAAAGGAUCGUUAAGCCUUCGCGCCAUGCUGAAAGCAGAGAUUCCUAGCAAUGAAUUGUUCAAUGAAAGGCAUGAACUUUAUGUUAAAAUCAUGAAGCUCAUUACCUUGUUGGAGGAGGUGGAAAGAAGAUAUGAGCAAUAUUAUCGACAUAUGGAUGAAAUUACUUCCACAUUUGAGGUGAUAGCAGGAUUUGGAGCAGGGAAACCUUACACAGCACUUGCACUUCAAGCCAUGUCUAGACAUUUUUCCUGUUUAAGAGAUGCAAUCAUAUCUCAAAUUUAUGUGAUUAGACAAAAAAUGCCACGAGACGUGCCAAAAAUUAGCAGUGGUCUGUCACACUUGAGCCUAUUUGAGAAAGAGACUCUUCAGAACAGAAUGUCUCUUCAACAACUUGGAAUUAUCCAAAGUAAUCGACAAGCUUGGAGACCAAUUCGAGGAUUGCCAGAGACAUCGGUAGCAAUUCUUCGUUCUUGGCUAUUCGAACACUUCCUACAUCCUUAUCCAAAUGAUUCUGAAAAGCUUAUGUUAGCAUCUCAGACAGGCUUAUCAAAAAAUCAGGUUUCAAACUGGUUUAUUAAUGCUCGAGUUAGACUGUGGAAACCCAUGAUUGAGGAAAUGUAUAAGGAAGAAUUUGCAGAAUCUUCAGUGGAUUCAGAUCCAUUUUUAAACAGAGAAGGUGUUACAGAUUCAGCAGAGGAAUGAAUUAGAAUUUGUUGAGGAUUUGACUGUGGAAAAAAGCUGAAGAAGUACAAGGUGGCAAGCAGAAACAUAUUAGAAAAGACAAAAUCUAGCCUGAAUAGGUGGCAUUUCUUGUACCUAGUACUUGGUGUUACAAAAUACUAGUGUAAUAUAGAG